ACAGCGGUGAGUGAGGAAGUGCGAACAUCGAGGAGCGACGUUCUGGUGCAACCGACGUCUCCCUUUCGCUCCGUUUUUGUUUGUGUCCUGGAAAUGUUCAACCGAAAUCCCCCAAACUUUCUCACGAUAUGGAAAAUAGUGAGCAUUGAAUUAUAAUAAGCAUUAUUUUUGUAUACAGAAGCGGGGAUAUAUCUAAUUCAUCAGAGAAUGCUCACCAUUCAACCGCAGUCACAAGUUUGCGAAUUUAUUCUGCCGACUGACGGAAACGAGUGUGGGAAAUAAACAGUUUUUUUUUAUUCUGUACGAGGAAUUCAGUUUAUUCGCUCGUGAACGAGAGAAAAUAUAUACAUAUAUAUAUUACCCCGCAGCCGGAGAAGUGACUCAUGUAACCGACCCAGACGAACAAAUGAGCGAAAACCGGGACGCGAUGGAGACCUCUUGGCAAAUGGCUCUGCAAAGUGUUUGCCUGAAGAAAGUGUCCUUUGCACUCGGCCUUCUUUGGCUUCUUCCAUGAAGCGCCGGACUGGGCAAAGGUAGCAGCAGCAGCAGCAGCAGCAGCCGCAGCUUUAGCAGUAGCAGUAGCAGUAGCAGCAGCAGCAGAAGCGUCGCCAGGUAACCCGCGUGCAUGACCGCAAAACAUGGGUUCCCUCAGCAAAGGAGCGCAAGAUUUGUGAACGUUCGGCCUAAUCUUUCAUGCAAGUUUUCAACGACAUUUCACGCGCCUUCAGGAUGGGGAUCUGUCUAGAUACAGGACAGCGACCAGAGACGUUGACACUUCACGAUCUCGAUGAAGAUCGGAGUGGCUCCCCGCUUGUUGGCGAGAGUAAGAACGGAGAGGCAGGGACCACGGCUGCCACGACGCCCUCUGGAGGGGCGCUCACCAACAACGAACCCACCGAGUCCAUAACGGGGGCGCCGGUCAUAUUCUUCAUGGGUGGACCGGGGAGUGGCAAAAUGACGCAUGCGCAGAACCUCGCAGACAUUCACGAGGGCUACAGACACAUCAACCUGACAGUUGUCAUCAGCGAAUAUAUCAAGGAAAAUGAUCUGGGUCCACCGCAGUCUAUAUCGGCGACCAUCGCUUUGGCGCUGCUCGCCCGAGAGAUGCACUUGACUCCCAGAUGUCGAGGCUACCUAGUCUCAGGGUACCCGAGACACAUGGAAGAUGUUCACCACUACAACGAAAAGUUGGGCCGACCGACGGGAGCCAUUUUGCUGGAAUGGGACCGAAGAACUCUCAUCAGGAAUAUCGAGUCAAAAAUGCGAAGUUAUCUCACUGGGCACGGCUACUCCAAACUGAAAAACACCAGUCCUUUGCUGGGGAAUAUCGACGGCGCCAUCCUCUUGGACUGGAGAGAGUCCACUCUCCUCAACAACCUGGAGGCCGGAGCGAGAAUGGGCACCCUCAUGCUCGACGCCGCCAGGAAGGAGCUCUCCGAUUUCCACAACAAGGUCCUCCCCGUCUGCGAACAUUACGACAAUCAGGGGCUUCUCUUUGUGGUAUCUGGAGAGAGAAGUCAAGAAGAUGUGUUCCGCGACGUCCAGAGAGCUCACGCCAAAAUCCUGGAGCCCAGGACUUUGCCUCCUCCUUCCAGAGCAUCUGUUGGGUCCUACAGAGAGUACCGGAACAUGGUGUCCCUGGUGCAGAGCAAGGCUCUCUCCGCCUCUUCCAUCAACAUCAACCCGGAGGAAUCGAAGCUCCCUCCCUGUCUCUUGUUCAUGGGUGGGCCUGGCAGUGACAAAUGGCGGCUGGUCAGCGGAAUCACCUACCUCUACCCUGGGUGGGCUUGUGUGGGCGUGGGGCAGCUCCUGCGAGACCACGUGACCAGAUGGAAAGAGGACCCUGAGUCGUAUGGCGACCUGCCGGAGGAGAAAGUCCUCAUGAUUCAAAACCUCAUGAAGAAGGGGGAGCUUGUUCCUCAGGAUCUCAUCUUAAAGAUACUAAAAGAUCGUUUGGAUGUAUUAAGAUCCCACGAAGGUAUUGUCAUCGUAGGAUUUCCGAAGGACGUCAUACAAGCCCAGACUUUCGAAGAGGAGUUCCACCAAAUCGCUCCCCUGCUGCUGAUCGACUGCUCUGAGUUGGAGCUGGGGAGAAAUCUCGGGAGGAGAGAGAACAGACUCGACGACAACGUGGCAGCCGCCAGAAGGCGUCUGGCCAUCUACCGGGAUGUCACCCUGCCCAUGCUGAAGGCCUUCGAUGAGAAGAAUCGAUUAAGAAUAAUUGACGGUGACGCAGACAUCGAACAGGUGGAGCGUGAGGUGAAGAGAGCUAUUUACGUCGAAACGCAGAAUCUUGGGAGACGUUCCCACAGACGCAAGGGCGAGGACAUCCCCAGCCCCGACCAGGCCAACGGCAACAUUCCCUCGGCGAACGAGACCGAGCCCGACGAGGACCGGUCUCUCUCGCACGACUUCAGCGACAACGACGUCGCGGAGAACGUGGCGCACGAGCAGCUGAAAGCGGAACUGGUCUGACACAAGCACGGUGCCACUGGACGUAGAAGGAAAUCUGUGAUAACUCAAACCUCAACCCUCGAAGUAGUCGUCUCCCGGGUGUUGAUUUUUGUAUCUAUAGAGUAUCAGCACUCGAAGAGGUCUUGCUUGUGUUGAGUUUUGAUAGAGGAACAUUAGCCACCUUGGGGGACAAUCUGUUGAAAGUUGCUUGAAUUCUGAAUCAUUUCUCGUUCGAAUCUGUACAAAAUGCGUCAUUCCUAACUGGAGAGGAACAGUAUUAUGAGAAAUUAUGAGUUUGGGACCUAUUUUUCUAAGGCUCCAAUGGAGAUACUAUAGAUAGAGAUGGUCAUAUUUUUCUCGUCAACAGUUAUGGAACGUGCGCAAUUCUCCUGAGGUAGAUCUAUGGUCUUUAAGACAAACUAUUCAAGCAAACUUCGAAGUAUAGGAAUCAUGGCUGUACAACUGUUUAGGUGUAAGGAAUUUAACUUAGUUUUAAUUCUAUCCUUGCUCAUAGUAUUUAACUUGAAAUGUUUUCGACAGUUUUUUCUCUUCUUUACUUAGAAAUUUGUAGCAGAGACUUAAACUCAUGUGUUUUGACCGCUUUGUCUGAUUACCAAUACCGGAGAAGAGUAUGUGUUAAUUGAGCUGUUAUGUUCCCUCCCAUACAGACCUAAACAAGAAUAGUCACAAGUCUGACAAGUGAGAACCAUCCUUGUUUUAACGUUACAUAGUUUUUCUACAAUAAAAUUUGCUUAUGGUGUACUGUAGUUUACAGGGAUAAUGAAUUGCAAUUAAAAAAAACUAAUUUUUGAACUUUAUAAAACGAAUUUCGUGUCACAAGAUAUAUUCAAAUUUUAAACAACUGGCAAUAUAUUUGUAUCCAAGAGCACUCAAUCCUGGGAAGGAAAAAUGACACAUGAAUUUAUAUGACAGGAGAGGUAUAGUUUUGCAAGUCAUCUUGAUUCUGCCAGUGAAGAACACGGAGUUAUUUCUCUACAAAAGAAGCAGAUAAACUCAGCGCUUAGCGAUUCUCUCAAAUUCUUAGCCGAGUAGACGAAAGAGUUAACAAAUGUAGGAUACUUUAGACGUCCCCCCGCCCCUCCUCCCCCAACACAUUGCCUUGUUAAAUAAUUUAAUUAUAUAAAUAAAGUGUCCCUUUGAAAUGCAGCUUAGCAUGAAGCUUUGUUGAAUAAGUCAGAAAUCUUUCCAAAUGGGACUUUGUUUAUGCGAUUAACCUUGAUAACAACUGCUGCUAUUCAUCGGAACGUUACUUGAUAAUAAACAAAUAAAUAAAUACUAGGUGCCUCAUGGUGACCUCGUAUCGACUGUUCGCACUGAAGGCAGUUUUCAUGAAGUAGAUCUAUGAUAAUUCUUUACCCAAAUGCAAUGGGUACUAUAUCUUUUAUUUAUAUGUAUAUAUACAUAUACAGGCACGAGAACUCCUGGACAUUCGUGAAAUAAGAAGCCAAAAUGCCAAACUGCGAACGUUUCUGAAUUAAAGAAGAAGCUCUAGCAAAUCUUAAGCAAUGAUUAUAUUGAUUUUAGUUUAUGAGAUGUAGUUUUGAUGAUAUCGAAGGCCUCAAGUUCCACAGUGCAGGGAAAGAGAGUGGAAGAACGUUGAUUUAAUAUUCUUCCAUACAGAGACGGGUGGUAUAGCAACGUAGUGUCUAUUGCUAAGCAAGUCUAAAAAAAAGCAAGGAAGAGGAGAAAGGAAAAAUGAAAAACCCAGUGUUAAAGAUGGAAGGUUAUAUGAAAGGUGACAAGGGGUGACAGCCUUCAGAGAGCACACCCGAGUUGUGGUGGACACUGCACACAGGAAGGUCCUUAGUCAAAAUUCAGCAUAGAAUGUUCUUUAUGAAAAGAAACAAAGAAACGAAGCUUCCCUCAAGUGAUUAUUGUCUGGAGGAAAUGUUCAAUGAAAACUUGAGAAUAGUAAAAUCACGUGCGCAGUGCGUUUAAUGUUAGAUGACAAGGUCUUGCAAAUAUUAACUGUACACUGGAUGUGAAAAGUCCUUGCAUCGUUGAAAAGGCUCUAUCAUUAUAACGUUCCACAUAUUGCAAAAGUAUGACACACACAUAUACAGAGGUGCUAGACUCUUGAAUGCAAAAACAAAAUGGAAGAACUUUGCUGAUCAAUUCUGAUUGCCAUUAGAACGUGAAGAUGUUCAGAGUGGACAGAUUGUCCAGAAAUAUUGAACAGUUCUCUUCAUACAACUAAGAUCAUAAAAAGUAUCCUGCAAGAUUCUUUAUAUGAAACUGAUGCUACAAAAGAAGGUGAUGCCUAAAAGAACGAGACGUUCUUCAGAUAAGUGAUAAUAUAUCGACAAGUGUAACUGAUACGGCCACAUUCUCGCUCGAUUCUAACAUUAUUUAUCACUUGUAACCGAGUUUCAGACAACAACAAGAAGAAUGAGCGAAAUUGAAGUACAAACUAUGGGAACAUGAAUAUAUAUGGAAAAGGUGAAAAGUACGAAAUUGCUCGGAUACUCGAUCGAGGUACUAAAAUUUCAUUUCAAAAUAUAAAAAAAAAGUCCAAAAAAGGCUCGCUCAAUCACGGAUUCAUUCGGACUGUCAAAGAUUCGACCUUACUAUAUCACCAGAACUUGUAGCAAAGCAUUCAUUGAUUCUGCAGCUGAGGGAGGAAAGGGUUAAUUGCUAGAUUCUGAAUAGUACGCCAUAACAUUUCUAUAAACCUUAGGGGGAGAUUUUAAAAAUAGUAAUUCCUUUGAAGAUGAUGUAGCAGAAAGUAAGUUCUUCAGGGAAAGGUUGUAAUUUCUCUUCUGCACUUUUUACACUGUUUUCUACAGAAUACAGUAUUAGAAUUUCAGUGUUAUUGUCAAAUCCAUAGAAUGCAAAACUUCUAGAACGUUUAGACAAAUGAAUAUGAUAACAAGCUGUACGAGUACAUGUGCCAAAAUUUCUAUCCAGUGAGAGGAAUUUUAGCCUAACAGAAAACAAGCUCUUUCUCAGGAGAUUCUUUUACCCAGUGUAGCACCUUCUCUUAAGUCUCCUCGUUUCAGGCAAGGCCCAUCAAAUACACUCUAUGUAUAUUUAAAGAACCUAUGCUCUGUUUUUUUUUCAUCUGUCCUCCAGCGUGAGGUGUUUGCGUAUGGUAACACUGCGUCCCGAGCUGUAGAUAGUUACAUUCAGCUUACAUUCAACAAUAAUAAUAACCCUAUUUCGAAUAUUAACGGUGUAAUCCGCAUACUGUAAAUUAUUAAAACACUUUUCAGUUGCAAAUGUACACCCAGAUAUCCUUUUAUUUACCUAAAACUUACACAUAGCGUAACUAUUUAAAGCCCGGGACGCAGUGUUACCAUGCGAAAACACCACAGGCGGAUGGACAGAUGGAAAAAAACAGAGUAUAUAGGUUUCAGGGGAAGAUUUCUGAACGAACACCUAAGCUGCAUAGGCUUGUUCACUUGUUUUUGAUCGCGUUUUUUUUUCUUUUUUUCGCACAGAAUUGCGUAGUAGCAAAACUUCCCGUGAUUUUAGAAUGGCCUGGAGAGGGAAGAACAGGGACUGAUUAUGAAAAUUAUAAGUAGUGGAGUUCUAGCGUUGUUUCUGCUUUGAGACCAAUAGGAUCAUUAAAUCGCUCGUGUUUCCAAUGACAUAUGUCAUGCGUUCACGCAUUCAUGAUUUCCUAUCAAGAUAAUACAGCUUCCCUCCCUAGGCAGUAAGUCACGACGUACAACAAUGCAGGCGGGAAAAUUAAAUCAAUCAGUCUGUACACCAUUGCAUAACUUUUAUAAAAUCGUAAACACUUUUAAGAAGAAAUGUACGAAUUUCAUGAGCAACAACUCCCAAGAAAAAUAUAGGUUACAUGUUUCUUUGUAUUCAUUUUAAAGGUGUCAACAAUAAAUAAUUAAAUAUCCCCAACGGUGUCAUUUCGAGUACAGGAAAUUAGCAAUCAGUGCAAAAAUUAUUUUUUACCUCUGAAGAAAAAUUUGUCUUUAUCUGUCAUACGCCCUUUCUUAGUUAUACACAUUUCUAAAAGCACAAGAAAUGCCUAUAGUUUUAUGGGAAUCCCAAUCAAUUUAUUUUUACUCUUAUGUUAAACAUAGUUUUAGGUAAAACUUUAAAUUUCAUAUGUGAUAACCUUACAACGCAGAAGACACGUCUUUUAUGUGUAGCAUAUUUCCAUGAGUCAAAUCUUUAGGGGUAACAGUAACAUAAAAGUAUAGAAAUAAACACAAGGCUCUCGAAUACAGUUUUAGUAUGAUGUAUCGUGCCUCCUGAGAUUGAGUGUCUAACUCCGCGCUUGUUUGAUAAGGAGAGUGAAUUUUGUUUAGAAGCGAAUAAUACGACUUCAAGAAGAAGGACGACUCCUAAAUCCACUUCUCGAAUUUGAAAAUAUGAAGAAAAUAUCAACGUUUCAACAGAGAAGAAGAUAUAUCAUCACUCAGGCUUGAGGACUAAGGUUAUGAAGUUACGAAAUUGGUAUGUAAGUAAUUAGACCGGGAAAAGCUCAGGCCUUACGUCUUCAAGCAUGGAAAAUUAUUUCUAUGGGAGAACAUACGUACGUCACUUGAUGAAAACUAUUCACACUUUCAUUUUUAGAUAAUCUGUAAAUAUGUUGAUGUAUUGAAAAAAGGAACUGAAUAUAUUAGUUUCCCUCUCCACAAAAAUGACAAUCUUCCUUCAGUGUUGUGUUAGUGGAAUCGAACUGAAGAAAAUUGCUUCCAAGGCAAAAGGUCAGUUACUUUUCUUCUGGUCUUUCACGGCCAGUUGGGAAUCGGUGCUAAAAGUCAGGAAAAUCGGAUUUCGUGAGACUCAACGUGACGAAAUCUUACGAAAAAUGGCUGACAGGACAAACAAAUCAUCAUCCCCUUGAAUACAAAUCGUGAGUAGUAAAAAACACAUCCAAACAUAUACGCAUACACAGAUAGAUAUACGUAUAUUGUAUGUAUACUUCGUCUGGGUGAGGGCCCGUGAAUUUAAACAAAUGUCACCAUGACUCUGCUAUGAAGAAAAGCUUUACACCAAGGUUCCAGAAUCUGGAUAAAUGUUUACAAAGAUUCUUGUCAGGCUAAAAACUGUGGAUGGUUCGGUUAUGAGAAAACUGACUUUUUCAUUUUGACAUCGCUUGUAACAAAGUCUGUUUCCACCCUCACUUCAACAGAAAAGGCAUUAGUCUGGUAUUUCUGUAACAUACAGACGAAAAUUCUGUAUUGUGGUAAUAAGGAAGUAGGCGAAAUUUUUUAUUUGUUAUUCCAACUUUUAUUUGCUUAGUCUAAUUGCCAUAUGAGCGACAAAGUUGUUACAGGGAAGUUGUAUGGCAAUUCGUAUGUGGAUGUAAGUAUUUAGAAAACUUAAGGAGGAAUGAUGCAGCUAAUGUUAAAACAUGUCUUUUUAAAUUGUUUUAUUCUCUGGAUAUUGACACAUUUUGGCCAAGAAUUUGUACUUACGGUUUCAUCGCUAUUUCAGACAUUGCCUAUACUCUUUCUGGUCAAACAUUGUUUUUCAAGAGCCACCAUCACGCAUUUCUGAAUCUAUAUCAAUAAUGCAAGUCAACGCUCUCAUCUGGAGGUAGUUUGAAGUGAAGUGUUAUUUUGGCAUCUACACACAUUCAUUCCUUUAUCUUAAUCCAUUCACAUCAAACACUGGACUACUUUACUUGCUUGUCAUCUUUUCCGCGUUUCUUUCCUUGAUUGAUCCUCUGUGUUAAAAGAACAUUUCGUUGUUUGGUUUAACCUUAAAAACGCCAUAGAGAGAGAUGUCGUCAGUACUCAAUUGGUAAUGUCAUGAAGGGAAACGUCUUUCAGUUUUAAAGAACAUUCACGAGUCAUGUUAUAAAGAGAAAUGUAUGUUAGCCUCAAAAGAACUAUUUCAAGGGGAAUCGUUUUAUGAAAGGAAAUGUUCGUUAACCCUUUAGAAAUUAUGUCAGUAACAAAGAAUGUUCGUUAACCCUUAAAGAAUUAAGCCAAUAACAAAAAUGUCCGUUAAUCCUAAGGGAAUCAUGUCAUGAGAGAAAUUUUUAAUAAUCCUAAAGAAUUUGUUACAAAGAGAAAUAUUAACCCUUGGACAAUUAUGUCAUUUAUAGGAAAGUUUGUCAAUUAAUAUGGAAUUGUGUCACAAGAAGAGAAUGUUAAGACAGGGAAAAAGGAAUACUACUGAUCAGGUUUACCGAUGAGAUAAAUGAAUCCAUCAUUUCUGAUUUAAGAGAUAUAUGAGUCUUAAUAAAAAGAGAUUUACAGAUAUCUUUUGAAAUAGCA